CGAAUUUUGACAUAGUUUCGCUUUCACCCAAGGAUUGCUUUCACCAAGUACCAAGUCACCAAGAUUAUUUCCAGCUAUGCCGUGCCUCAACUUUUAAACCUUGACCGAUAUUUUGCCUUGAUGCAGAAGCUGUUGCAAAGACAAAGAACUGCAACGCCAAGACAUUACCGAACACGGCGGAUAACGAGUCUUUUUGAAGUUUCAUAAAUAAGACCAGCAAGCGGCGCUGUUGAAACAAAAGCACAGAUAGGAGCGAGAACACAGCAGUCGUAGCAGAGUCCGAGAGAGCAUCAUGGCCAAGCACCACCCACUGGAAGACCUGGAGAAGGCGUGUGCCGAGUCUGGGCUGGACAUGGCGGACGAGCAGUUUGCCAGACUCAUGGACAGCCGGGACCCCCUGAGGGCGUUCCGAGACGAGUUCCACUACCCGAAGAUGAGCGAUGUUCUGAACACCGACCUUUCCCUGGUGGACCCCAGUGCCGACUGUGUCUACUUCUGCGGCAACUCUCUGGGCCUGUGCCCGAAGAAAACCAAAGAGUACAUGGACGUGCAAAUAGAUAAGUGGGCCAAAAUGGGUGUACAGGGUCACACCAAUGGAGAGCUCCCCUGGGCCUGGUGUGAUGAAUGUCUGGAGGAAGACAUGACCAAAAUUGUCGGUUGUAACAGAGAGGAAAUUUCCAUAAUGAAUGGACUGACUGUGAACUUACAUUUACUUCUGAUUUCCUUCUAUCGUCCCACAAAAGACAGAUACAAAAUCUUAUGUGAGAGCAAAGCCUUUCCCUCAGACCAUUAUGCUUUUGAAAGCCAGUCUAAACUACAUGGCUUUAAUCCAGAGGACGUGAUGAUAUGCGUGGAACCAAGAGAGGGAGAAUACACGAUAAGAACGGAAGACAUCCUUGCAGUGAUAGAGAGGGAGGGAGACAAGAUUGCUGUGGUUUGUUUCGCCGGAGUUCAGUACUACACUGGCCAACUCUUUGACAUUCCGACCAUCACCAAGGCUGGCCAGGCCAAGGGUUGUUACGUAGGAUGGGACCUGGCUCACGCGGCAGGGAACGUCCCUCUGUAUCUGCAUGACUGGAACGUGGACUUUGCCUGCUGGUGCUCAUACAAGUACCUGUGUGCCAGUGCGGGCGGAUUGGCCGGUCUUUUCAUCCACGAGAAGCACCGCAGCAACGACUUCCCCAAACUGCUGGGCUGGUGGGGUCACGACCUCUCCUCCAGAUUCGUCAUGGACAACAAUAUGGAUCUGAUCCCUGGAGCCCGGGGCUACCGUGUGAGUAACACGCCAGGCUUUCUUUGUGUUCCUCUCAAGGCCAGUCUGGAGAUUUUCAGCAAGACAAGCAUGGAAGAGCUUCGAAAGAAGUCCUUGCUGUUGACGGGAUAUUUAGAGGCCCUGAUUCGACGCUCGUAUCAACGGCCUGUGGGUCAGAAAGUGGAAGACGAUGGCAUGUCAGUGUACAUUGACAUCUUCACACCGCACGACCCUCAACAGAGAGGGGCUCAGUUGUCACUAGCCUUCAAUGUCUGCAUAGAAGAACUUUUCAAGGAGCUGGAAAAACGUGGUGUUGUGUGUGACAAGAGGUUGCCACGGGUGAUUCGCAUCUCCCCCAGCCCGAUGUACUGCAGCUUCCUGGAUGUGCACAGGUUCAUGGGAUACUUACGCGAUGCUCUGUCGGCAGCCAAGGCUUCACUGGGUCACCUAAACACUCAGAAAGUUUGAGGCAUUUCGGCGUAGGCAGCUGGAGUUUUUGCUGGCAAACUGUUUUAUUUCAUUUGUAAAUGAAUUGAGAGUGAUUUUGAUAAUUACUGUGAUGCUUAGGCACUUGAUUAUAAAUAUGUGAGGCAGCGUGGUGGAAUCAGGCUCUCGUCAAUUUUUGGGCAUGUAGAGUUAUUGGUA